UCAGCCAUCUGCGCGUCGGACAGACCUGAGUUCAAGUUCAGGCUCUGCCGCCGACCCGCUGUAACCCGGGAUAUAUUAUAGAAUAAGAUUUAUUUCAUAGGGUCGUUAUGAAGAUUCAGUGUCAAGCGCUUGCGCAGUGCCUCGCACAUCGUAGGUGCUCGAUAAAUUAAUAUCACUACACUACUAAUAUUAUUAUCUCUUGGCAACAGACCUGGAGGAAGGAAAGGAAGCAUGCUCCCUCCAGCUUUGCUCAAGAUCGUCGUUCUCUAGCCCUACCUAUAACAGGAUCCCUAGUGUUAAGGGGUUCGAAUUAUACCUCUGUGUCUUUGGGCAUAUGACAACCUUUAUAUGCUGUGGUUUCUUCACCCGUAAAAUAGGCGUAGUAAUUGUACUCACCGCCUAGAACUGUUGUGAGGAUUAAAUGAAUGAAUACCCGGAAAACCCUCAAAUACUGCCUUGCAUUUAGUCAGCGCUCCAUAAAUUAAGAUUGCUGAGGCAAUCCUUCUCUUUGGCCCGCCUUCUCCCCAGCACGUGGUGUUCUUCUUGUGCCUCAUCGCCUGGCUCGUGCCCGGCGUGCCAGCCGGACUGGCCACCAAGAUAAAGCGCGGGCGCUACCUUGGCCAAGCAGGCGCUGGCGGUCAACCGGGAGGCGCUGCUCUCUGUCAGCACGGCCCGCGGACACUGGCCCCACCCCUGACCACGCCCCCUAGACCCGCCCCAGGCCUUAGGUCAGCUUUCUUGCCCCGCCCUCUGGUUUGGCCUCGCCCAGAGGGAGGAUUGGCUGGAUUCCCUCUAUUUAUUGCCUGGCCCCGCCCUUCAAGAAACUCCGCCCACGCCACGCCCCUCUUUUAACAUUAAUCCCAAAGGAGUCGCUUCUGCUCUGGAGGGCCAGAGCUCUGCCUGACCAAGCCGUGUUUUCUGUCCACUGCAGCAGGGGCGUUGUCCCCGGAGCCCAGGACGCAGGGGCGAGUGAGCCAGGACUGCCCUUCCAGGACCCUAGGUCCCCCAGGAUGCUCCUUCGAUUGGGGUCCUCUGCUUCUGGCUAGGGGUCUGAGCGGUACCUUGGCCAGCGACCCCACGGCCGCCCUGGAGCUGGGAAGAGAGGGAGGAUUAGAGUUCUCUGAGGACCCCUAGUCCUGCAUUGCCGCCCUCUCCCUGUUCCCCAUCUCCUGCCCUUGUGCAGUGCUGACAAUAAACUUCUCUCUGCACCCCAGCUUGCACCUCUCCAUGGACACCUGGACCCCCACACAUGUGCAAUGUCUCUUCAUUACCUGACGAUGUUCUGGGGGGCCAAACUGGAUAUGAGGGAUUAGCAGGGACCUAAUCUCUCUGAAUGGAAUGGUCACCAGUUGGUAGCAGAGAAUUCAUUGGGGUCUGGGCCCUGGAUCCCUUGCCCCAUAUGUUCAUCAAGGCCUGUAGUGUCUGAAUAAUAAUAACAACAGGGUUGAGGCUGGCCCAGUGGCGUAGCGGUUAAGUGUGCGCACUCCACUGUGGCAGCCUGCAGCCCGGGGUUCGCAGGUUCGGAUCCCGGGUGUGCACCGAUGCACCACUUGUCAAGCCAUGCUGUGGCAGCGUCCCACAUAAAGUAGAGGAAGAUGGGCACGGAUGGUAGCCCAGGGCCAAUCUUCCUCAGCAAAAAGAGGAGGAUUGGCAACGGAUGUUAGCUCAGGGCUAAUCUUCCUCACACACACACACAAAAUAAUAAUAAUAACAGGAUUUAGUUAGGUCAGCUGAGACACCUCCCAGUGGACUUUCACGCACUUUUCACCAGAUCCUCCCCAAAAUCUGAUGAGGCAGUACUGAGCAGUGGUUAAGGACGCAGGUUGUGGUGGAGUCAGACAGACCUGGAUUUGAAUAUUAAUUCUGACUCAUUAGCUGUGUGACCUUGGGCAAGUUAUUUAAUCCUUUGAACCUCAAUUUCAUCAGCUAUAAGAUAGGGACUUCAUACAGCUGAUGAGAGAUUUAAAUGGGAUAAUGCCCAUGACCUAACCUGUGCAAGCCUCAUGGCCUCAUCUGAUGAGUGGGAGCAGUAACAGCAUCUACCUCGUAGGGUCGUGGGAGAUUACAUGAACAAAUUGGUGUGAAGUGCUCAGAACAGUGCCUGGCACAUAGUGAGUGUACAAUAAGAGUUAUUAGCAACAUGAAUAUUAGUAUGUGUGUACAUAUUAAUAUUAAUACUAAAUGCCUGACAAUUACUGAAUGCUCAAAUAAACAGUAGGUAAUAUUAGAGAGAAAGCAGCUUCCCCUUUCACAGCCUUGGGAAGAUUGCAUACCAGGAACAGAGUAGCCCUCCUUCCCGGAGGCUGGUUCUACUUGGGCUAUUUGAAUUGGUUUGUUGAGGGCUCAUUUGGUGUGGACUAGAGUCUGGGAAGGCUUCCUGGUAGAGGAGGCCGUUGGAAAUGGUGAGGUGGAUCAUUCUAGGCAGCAAGGGAGGAUGGGUCAUUCAGGAGGAGUGGUGAUGCUGGAACGGCUGGCCAGGAUGAUGCCAGAUGCGUCACAUCACCGACUUGCAUGAUUUCCAUCUCACAAUCGUAGAGAUGAGUAUUCCCGUUUUAUAGAUGCUAUAGCUGGCUCAGAGGCGGUCAGCACACUGUGGAGUUCUCAGGGUCUCUGAGGAGCCCAGGACUUGGGAGGUUUUCUAUGAAGCUCGCAGGAUGCUCCCCAGCCCCAAAGAGCCCCCUGUGCAUGUCUCACAUUUGGGAAGGUCCAGAAGAAGAGUGACCUGUCUCCUGGGAGGAAAAGCAGUGCCUCCCUCAUCUUUAGGACGUCGGUCUGGGGUCCUUCUGAGCCUCUCCUGGGCAUAGGACUCCCAUUGUUCCAGCCCCCCUCUUGUACCCCAGACUGGCCAAACCGGUUCUGGGGAAGGGGGGUGGGGAGCAGGCACGUUGAGACAGCCGCCCGCCUGCCUGCCUGCAAGGUUCCCUCCACCUUCGCCUCCCCCCUCCGCGCCCCACACAAUACCCAGGAGCUUGCAUUGCCCGGCUCAGGGGCCAUGCUGACAUCGCCCCCUGAGGACCUGGCUGCAACCCCAGAGCCCCCAGGGUGGUCUGGAGCCCUGGACCUUGCCGGAGGCCGGACGGAGCUCCCUGGCUGAGGUAGGGCCCCAUCCGGUUGCCAGCAGCCCCAUCCUCCUCCCGCCAGUCUUCCCGAGGGAGUCCUUUGUGCUGCCUGCCUGGCCUCUGAUCCUGGCUCCCACCCCCACCCACUUAUGGCCUCCUGGGGCUCUGCAGCCUGCUUGGCCUGGAUCCCCUUUCUGGCCAUGACCUCCCACUUGGCUUUGUCCCUUAAGGGGCAGAGGGGCCCUGGCAGGACGCUUCUCUGGGCAGCAGGGCAAGGGGCACCAGGGAGGGGGCAGGGAACAGCUGGGCACAGGAGGCUUCCCCUGGACCAUGGUAGUGUCCAGGGACCCUCUCUGCCAGCCUUGCCAAGUAGGCCCAUUGUCCAUGUGAUUAGCAGUGCCCACUGGAUGGGACCCUCCUUGGCCCCUGCCCAUCCUUCUCGGCCUGCAGAGACACUCAUGAUGUCACAGGUUUCCUAGAGGGCAGCCAGGAGGGCCCUUAGGGUCUACUUUACAGGGGACACUGAGGCCCAGGGACAGGCUCUGCCUUGCCUAAGGCCACACAGCUGGUCAGUGUCAACACUGGGCCUUGAACCUUGGCAGGGGUUUUCUGCUGUAGGUUCCAGAAUGACCCUUGCCUAGUGGGACUGGAGUAUCCUGUGAUCAUGUCUUGGGCAGGUCAUAUCCCUGCUACCUGGGGCCAGUUCUCUUCUUGAGGUUUUUUUUCAAGCAGACAUGAGCUACAUACAAUAUGAACACAGCUCUCCCCUCCUUGAUCCCCAGCAUUGAGGUUGAGUGGGCCACAUCCCCGGAAGGCCACAGGGCUGGCAUCCCAGCUAGAUGGGUCAUUCCCAUUGCCCCCUGGCCUGGAUAGAGGUGGAGGCUGACUUGCUCCUGACUUUCCCCCUAGGGACCUGCCUUCAACCACAUCUCCCCAGAAAGCCUUCCACCACCACCCCCAGGACAUUCACCCAGCCUUCUCCUCUGAGGCUUUCAUAGGAGCUGUUCCUGCCCCAAGGGUUCCAUAUUUUUGCUCAUUUAUCUCUGCAACUGACAAGGGUGAGGAGGUUCCUCCCUGCCCUCCAGGGGCUUCCAGAACCCAAAUGGAGAGAAUCUCACAGAAGACAAGGGAGCAGGGGCAUGUGUGUAUUCUUGCACGUGUGUGCCCACAGAAGCAAAUGGGACUUCUGUGUUGAGGACUUCUGACUCCUGGAGAGAGAGAGGCCUGUCUGGUGGGCAGUGGUCCCCUGUGUCUCCUGCCACGUGCUCCUAAAAAGUAGGGUGUGUCUCAUCCUCUGCCUCAAUUUCCCCAUCUCUGUAAUUGCCCAAGCCAUCCCCCUGACUAGAGAAAGACUAAUAAUAAUACUCCGAAGAAUCACUAUCAACUACAAAGCUCCCACUGAGAGCUAGGUGCUCUAUAUGCGUUAUCAUUAAUUCUCAUAUUAGCUUAUGAAGUUGGGAUGACCAUCCUAUUUACCAGAUGAGGAAACUGAGAGACUUGCUCAGAUGGUCAGAAGUUUAAGGUAUAAGCUACAGCUGUCCCUGAGGGGAGGGCCUGAAGGAGUAAUUGUCCCUUAGGAGCAGCCAAUACCCCCCACCCACAGACACACACACCAGGAAGGGGAUGAAGAGAGCAGGGGAAGCAACUCUUCUCGACUUUGCUCGGCUUCUCCGAGGGGCUGUGCAGAGAGAGUGGGGCCCAGUCACAGACCCAGCCGUCCUCCCCUGGGUCCUCUCCUCCCUCCCUGUCUCCCAGGGUCUCUGAGACAGUCACUGUUUCUCUCAGGCCAGGGCUUUCUCCUUACCUAUGUGCACUGGGUCCCUGGGUAUUUCGGCUGAAUGGUUAGCUAUUGCUCCCUUCAGGAAGCCUUCCUGGAAUGCCCAGGUUGAGCUGAGCCCAGCUCUCUACUCUGAUGGUUCCUCUGGCUUGGCUCCUGCCAACUGGGAUUAUGGCUGUUUUUGUUUUCGGCUCCCCCACUAGAUUGGCAACCCAGCAGGGCACAAAGUGUUUGUCCAUCUGUCUCCCUGGGUUUUUCUGGGCUUCACCUCUGUCUCUGAGUGUCUGGUCUGUCUGGAAUUGUCAAUGUCUCUGUCUCUCUGUCUCCACAUCUGGGUCCCUGAAUGUCUCAGCAUCUGUGGUUUUCUGGUUUUGAGUGCUUUGGGGUCUCGGUUUCUGAGUUGCUGCCUAAAAGGUCUCCAGGUCUCUAUCUCUCAGUCUCUCAGUCUCUGUCUCCUGGGUCUCCUGGCCCUGCCAGGCUGGGCAUUGCCCCUUUGGCCCAGGGGGCCUCUGGGGGUCCAUGCUGCCCGGCCUGCCCGUAGCGAGGCCCGGCUAGGGUAGGCCCCCGCCCAGCCUGCUGCCUGCCUCCUCCCUCUCUGCCCGCUUGCCUCACCACAGGGUUUGAUGAAUCAAACUCUUUGUCUGGGUGGGAUCUCCCCCAGCCAGCUGGGCAGAGAGAGGGCUUCCCCUGCCGGAGCAGCCAAACAACAUCUGCAGUGGGCCUCGGCUGGAGAGGUGAGGGGCUGCAGGAGGGCAUCUAGCAAGGGCCACGGGGCAAGGGCUGUGGGCACUCGGACCCCUCGAUCAUUAGGCCUGUCCUGAGGCUCCGGCAGGCUCCCUGGGGAUGACUUCCUACCCAGAGAGGAUCCUUUAGCCUGGCCUGAUCCCAGGACUGGGAGCUGGGUAGGGAAGAACCCCUCUCUCACCCCAAGCUGGGGGGCUGGGGCACCUCCCUGCCCUUCUCCUGGGAGGGCCCAGCCUGAUCUAGGUGGUGGCCCGCCUGCCAGUCUGUGACCCUCCCAGCCAGCUUGGCAUGGGUGUGGGCACCACUCAGUGCUGAAAGCUGCAAUGCUGGGCAUGGGAGGGGAGGUUGGGGAAGACCAAAGCAAGGACUUCUGGGUCUGUGUGUUUGUCUGCAUCCUGGUGCGUGAGUGUGAGAAAGUGGAUAUGUAAAUAUCUGAUGGAUCAGUGUGUGUGUGAAAAAGUGUGUGACUGUAUAUUGUUGUGUAAAAAAGUGUGUGUGAAUGUGUGAGCCUGUGAAUUUGAAAUGUCUGAGUGUAUCUGUGAAAGUGUGUAUGUCAAGUGUGUACUUGGGAGAAAAUGUGUGUGGUGUGUGUGUGUGUGUGUGCAUGGAACAUACAUGGAUUUGUGUGGCAAUGUAUGUAUCUGUAUGUCUGAUCGUAUGUCAGUGAGAGUUAGAAAAUGUACAAGGUGGUUAAAAGUGCGGAUUCAGGAGCUAGACUGCCUGGGUUUGAAUCCUGGCUCCACCAUUUACCAAGUAACAACCUCUGUGCCUCACUUUCCUCUCCUAUAAAAUGGGGAUAAUAAUAGCAUCAACUCAGGGUUGCCAUGAGGAUUAAAUGAGAUAAUAUGUAUAAAGCACUUGGCCUGUCAUUCAGUAAGUGUUAAGUAUUAGCUAGUACUACUAUAAUUAGGGGUGUGAGUGUGCUUGUACAGAUGUGUGUACACAUGUGUACACAAGCGUUUGUCCAGGCCUCCAGGACAUGACGGCUCACUGGCCAGCUCUGCUGUCCUGUGUCUGGCUUUGAUACCUUCUCCCCCGCAGGCCCAGGUGGGUGGCAGAGCAAAGGAGGAAUGGACUGUGGGCCACCUGCCACCCUCCAGUCCCACCUGGCUGGGCCACCUAGCACUGCCUGCCACCCAGUAGCCGUGUGCCAGCAGGAGAGUCUGUCCUUUGCGGAAUUGCCCACCCUGCAGCCCCCAAGCCCUGUGUGUCUGGAUCUCUUCCCCGUUGCGCCAGAGGAGCUGCGGGCUCCUGGCAGCCGCUGGUCCCUGGCGACCCCUGCUCCUCUCCAAGGGCUGCUAUGGCCACCAUCCCCAGGAGACCCAGACACCGAGAUCUCCACCAGUGGGGGGAUGCGGCCCAGCAGGGCUGGCAGCUGGCCACACUGUCCUAGUGCCCAGCCCCCAGCUCUGGAGGGACCCUGGAGUCCCCAGCACCCACAGCCGCAGCGCCGGGCCAGCCAUGGCUCGGAGAAGAAGUCAGCCUGGCGCAAGAUGCGGGUGUACCAGCGUGAAGAGGCCCCUGGCAGCCUGGAGGCCCAUGCUGUGUUCCUGGAGCCUGGCCAGGCGGCAGAGCAAGCCCGGAGCACAGAGGAGCCUCGGCAGCUGGAGCUGUCUGGGCCCACCCGCGUGGGCCUCGAGGGGCCUGAGCGGAGGCGCUUCUCAGCCUCUGAGCUGAUGACCCGGCUGCACUCUUCUCUGCGUCUGGGGCGGAAUUCGGCAGCCAGGGCACUGACCACAGGGUCAGGCACUGGAGCAGCUCGGGAAGGGAAAGUGUGUGGAAGGGAGUCGCGCAGUGUAGAAGUGAGAGUGAACGGUAUGGCGACGCCAGCCCCGGUUGACGCGAGCGGGGACCACGGCGGCUGGCCUGAGCCCAGGCUGGACACGCAAGAAGAGCCAGCUCUGGGUUCCCGGAGCGCUAGCGAGCGGCGCCAGUCACGGUUCCUCCUCACCUCCGUCCUCUACCAGGAAUACAGCGACGUGGCCAGCGCCCGCGAACUGCGGCGGCAGCAGCGCGAGGAGGAGGGCCCGGGGGACGAGGCGGAGGGCGCAGAGGAGGGGCCCGGGCCGCCGCGCGCCAACCUCUCGCCGAGCAGCUCCUUCCGGGCGCAGCGCUCGGCGCGAGGCUCCACCUUCUCGCUGUGGCAGGACAUCCCCGACGUGCGCGGCAGCGGCGUCCUGGCCACGCUGAGCCUGCGCGACUGCAAACUGCAGGAGGCCAAGUUUGAGCUGAUCACGUCCGAGGCCUCGUACAUCCACAGCCUCUCGGUGGCCGUGGGCCACUUCUUAGCCUCGGCUGAGCUGAGCGAGUGUCUGGGGGCGCAGGACAAGCAGUGGCUGUUCUCCAAACUGCCCGAGGUCAAGAGCACCAGCGAGAGGUUCCUGCAAGACCUGGAGCAGCGGCUGGAGGCAGAUGUCCUGCGCUUCAGCGUGUGUGACGUUGUGUUGCACCACUGCCCGGCCUUCCGCCGCGUCUACCUGCCCUACGUCACCAACCAGGCCUACCAGGAGCGCACCUACCAGCGCCUGCUCCUGGAGAACCCGAAGUUCCCUGGCAUCCUGGCUCGUCUGGAGGAGUCUCCCGUGUGCCAGCGUCUGCCCCUCACCUCCUUCCUCAUCCUGCCGUUUCAGAGGAUCACCCGCCUCAAGAUGCUGGUGGAGAACAUCCUGAAGCGGACAGCGCAGGGCUCUGAAGAUGAAGACAUGGCCACCAAAGCCUUCAACGCACUCAAGGAGAUCUUCCCACUGAUCUCUCAGGCCCGCUGGCUGGUUCGGCAUGGGGAGCUGGUGGAGCUGGCGCCACUGCCCGCCGCACCCCCCGCCAAGCUGAAGCUGUCCAGCAAGGCGGUCUACCUGCACCUCUUCAAUGACUGCUUGCUGCUCUCCCGGCGGAAGGAGCUCGGGAAGUUUGCUGUGUUUGUCCACGCCACAAUGGCCGAGCUGCAGGUGAGGGGCCUGAGCCUGAAGCUCCAGGGCAUCCCCGGCCACGUGUUCCUCCUGCAGCUCCUCCACGGGCAGCACGCGAAGCACCAGUUCCUGCUACGCGCCCGGACGGAAAGUGAGAAGCAGCGGUGGAUCUCGGCCAUGUGCCCCUCCAGCCCCCAGGAGGACAGGCUGGUCAUCAGCGAGGGAGAAGACCGCCCCCAGGUUCAGUGUGUCAGGACAUACAAGGCAUUGCAGCCGGACGAGCUGACCUUGGAGAAGACUGACAUCCUGGCAGUGAGGACCCGGACCAGUGACGGCUGGCUGGAGGGGGUCCGCCUGGCAGACGGUGAGAAGGGGUGGGUGCCCCAGGCCUACGUGGAAGAGAUCAGCAGCCUCAGUGCCCGCCUCCGCAACCUCCGGGAGAACAAGCGGAUCACGAGUGCCACCAGCAAAUGGGGGGAGCCCCCCGCGUGAUGGGCAGCCGUGGCCUGGGACACCAGCUCCCUGGCCGGCUCCUGGGCAGGUCUGGAGGGGGCCUGCGUGUCUCCAUGCCCCAAGCCUCUGCUGCUGAGACUUCUGUUCCGUGGCCUGGCAUCGAGGGUACAGGCUGGACACAGGAGGGGGUUCCCUCCAGAGGGUCUCAUGCUCCUCAGUGUCCCACUUCAGGGCUGAGGGCAGUUCCUUCCUCUGGCACGGGGGCCACACAGGUGACCUCUGAUAUCUGGCAGGGACUGGGGCCCUCUCCCUUCCAUGCCCUCCACCUGGCCUGACUCGUGGUCCCUCUGGCAGGGGCCUCGCUGGGAACGGCUCUGGUGACGAUGGGUGCUGGGACCUAUGUAUAUGUCUGGGGUCUUCCGGCCAGAGCCUGUGUGGGGCCUGGUUUCUGUGACUUGUCUGUAAAUAAACUCCCCUAAUGCCUUU